GAUAUUAGUCUAUAACCUCGUUUUACUAUUACCGAGACCAAGUUCAUGAUUGGUGGAAAGAUUGAACUCUAAACAUUUUUCUCAACCACUGUUAAGUUCACUUCUGGUAAUGUCUCCAACGUAACAUCUAUAAGUGAAUAUGAAGAUGGAUUUUAUAUUGUCUAUAGUUCGUUCAAACUUUUGUUUCAAAUACAAACUAUAAGACUAACAAAAAGAAUUAGGACGUUGUGUGUCUUUUGAAGGAUCAAGAUUAGGAAUUUUACUAGGACGUGUUUAGUUCUCUCUCUCUGUAUAAAAGUUCGCGCUUUUUAGUUAGAGUUAAUGCAAGGCAUUCGUAGGUCCAACGAGAGAUCUUAUAUUUUACUCGAAAAACAUACAACAACACCAACCCCCCCUAUCAACACUGGAUAGGGCAGUUCAGCGAUGAGACGUUCAGGAAGCUAUUAUGAUAAUAAAGCGAAAAGUGCAUAGCACGAUUCAAUUAAGGAAUGAGAACGAGACUCGCGGAUGUACGUGGAAUGAUAAACAAAAUGGCGACUACCGACUCAGAACAAAUUACCAACGGGAUAGAUAAUCUGAAUGUUGAUAAUGCCACUGAUUCAAAUGCUAAUCCGCCCCCACAGUUAGACGAUGAGUUCCAAAAGAAGUGGGGCCUUCCUGUACAGGAGGUUUACAAGAUUGCUGUCCGGUUUUUCAAAGAGAAGGAAGGCAAGGCGCUGCAGCUGACGUACCAGACCAAGUUGAAGCUCGUGGCCUUCACCAAGCAGGCCACCUUUGGCAAGUUCCGGCCCGACGUCUCCCCGGAUGUAGGCUUUCUAGACGUGGUCGGCAACGACAGAAACGCCUCCACUGAUCCCUCUGAGUGGCAGGCGUGGCAAGCUCUAGGCAACAUGUCCAAAGAAGUGGCGAUGGCGGAAUUUGUGGAGAAGAUGGCGGACUCGUGCUCUCUGUUUGAGCCCCACGUAGAGGCUCACAAGGCGGAGAAGGAGGAAGCUGCCAAGAGAGAGAAAGAGGAAGAGGAGAGAAAGAAGGUGGAGGAAGAGGAAGCAAAGAAGAAAGCUGCGGAGGAGGCUGCCCGACAAGUUCAGGAGGCAGAGAAACAGAAACAGCACGAACAGGAACUACAGAUUCGAGCUGCCCUGAAUCAACAAACAGCUGCACAGUUCAGACAGUAUGCUGAACAACAGUAUGCCAACAACAAGGAAAUGCAAGACGACCUGAUCAAACAGCUACAGGACCAGCACUUUCAGCAGUACAUGCAACAAGUUUACCAACAACAGCUACUGCAACAACAGCAACAACAGCAACAGCAGCUGCAACAACAGUCCGCCACCAUCACGGCGACCAACAUCAACACCCCUAACGGCGAGGUGACGACUGCGGUCGACAAUGGAAACAACAACACGUCCCCAGUGCCUGACGGUGUCACGCCGAUUCCCCCCGGUGGUGACGAUGAAGAAGCCGCUAUCACAUCAGUCCCCAAAGUAGUGCCGGCCUCCCUGUGGACCCGCAAAGACCUGAGAGAGUUCAAAGAUGGUCUCAGGUCGUCCAAAGAGAAUGUGGUUCGAAUCGGGUCCCUGGCCACAGCCACGGUAAGAGUGCCCACACAUGAAGAUGGCACUUGCCUUUUCUGGGAAUUCGCCACAGACUACUAUGACAUCGGGUUUGGUGUAUACUUUGAGUGGAGCGUGUCACAAACCAACACAGUUAGUGUGCACAUCAGUGAGUCGAGUGAUGAAGAGGAUUUGGAGGAGGAGGAAGGCAAAGAAGGCAAAGCGAAUGAUGUUGAAAAAGGUCCCGGGUCCAAGAAGGCGGAGAACCGACCUCCGACAGACGAGAUCAUCCCCGUGUACCGUCGAGACUGCCACGAGGAAGUGUACUGCGGGAGUCACACAUACCCAGGCCAAGGCGUCUACCUGCUCAAGUUUGACAACUCCUACUCCUUAUGGCGGUCCAAGACAUUGUACUACAGGGUCUACUACUCCAGAUAAGGCAAAGUGCAUGAGUCAUAGGGUUAUAGAAAUGAGGGAAGGUGGGGGGUCUCCUUGCCUGUCUCCACCCCGCUGCCUCUUUAUUCCUUGUCCACAUAUCUGUGUUUUGAAGAAAAAAAAUGUCACCAUUUCUUCAUACUUUCGUGAGGGCUCAAAUAAAAACUAAGCUCUGCCUAUGCGCACCCAUACCUUUCUUCAUAAAUAAUUUAUCAUGAAGCAUAUGUGGACAAUAGAAUAAAGAUUUUUUUAUCGUAUUGAGCCGAUCAGCUCAAGUUUUAAGGGAGUGUUGGGAUGGAAUAAAGCAGUUCUGAGGUCACUCUGUGUUCUGUGAACAUGCAGUGGGUCGGGGGUGUUGUGAUUAGGUUUGUUGAGCUUAGAAGACUGUGAAGGGCUCUGAAAAGAAAUAAAGAGAAAGCAAGAGAGAGAGAGAGAGAAAGAAAGAGAGAGAAGGGAGGAAUUAUUUUUGUACUGAUAAUGUCUGUGAUUGAAGCUUACAGAUUUGUUGUUGCCUGGGGUUGUUUCCCAUCCUUGAUCGACUGCGGUGAUUCUGUUGGCACAUUUCUCUGUGCAGUUGACAUGACAAAGUUUUUGUAUUCUGUGUUUUGACUACAACUGUAGAGAAAUACAUCAAGGACAUAAUGAGCUGAUGUUGCUGCAUCAGGUUUGUGGAUGAAAAAGUCUGCUCAAUGUGAGUUGAUUUGUUUGUUGGGGUUUUUAAAAUGUGGACAACAAUGGCCCCAUGGCUUUAUCUGUGAAGGUUUUGUUAGAUAGCAGUGGCAAUUGUCUUAUCUCAUAUUCUUUAGGAAAUUGUAAGUUGAGACGUAAAACUCAAAUUUUGUGAAGUUUAAGGAUGAUUUUGUUCUGAAAACAAUGUAUUUCUUUGAAACAUCUGAUAUAUACCAUACAGUGGCAACUUUUCGGAAGAAAUACUUCUUCGGUAUAAUUUUCCCCCAGUGUUCUAUGAUGGCACUUGCUCUCGGUUUGAUACCUCUAUAUGUGGAUGCAUAUGUGUCUGAAGUGAAAUCUGGAGGUCUUGUCUUUGAAUGGGUUAUAAAUUGUUGGUAUUUUCAUUACUCAUGGCUUGCCAUCUCAGGCUUUGUUGGAGCUUCAGGUCUUAUACUCAGAAGGUUGUUCAGGGGGAAAGAGUCAUUGAUCAUGCCGUACUGUUUAGUGGCCCUUCUCAUUGGAAAAGUUUGCUCUCCAGACAGAGACGCUCCCCACAUCCCAGCAGUGGAAUAAUGGGGUGGAAUGUCUACGUUUAAGUGAACUGAUUCUUUCUGUUGUCUUUUCAUUCUGUGUUCUUGAAGUUACAAGGUCAAGGGCUGGACUGUUGACGUAACGUGUUUGUAUAUAGUGGGCUGAUAAACUCAAACCAGUACAUUUGGAAUUUGGCACUAGAGAUCUUGUCAGAUGCUGUCAUCUUAUUCACUCUCUCUCUCUAUUCGGGCAGACAAAUUGUACCCCGGACACAAUGUGACAAUAUGAACAAGUUUUCCCACAGGAAUUCUCUUUGAUCUUAAUGGGAAGAUUAUUUUUAAGGCACCUGUGUUAAUCUUUCUGUGAUCCUGUUUGGUAUGAUGUAGAAGUAUUGAUGAUGUUGUUAAACUGAAUGAAUAAUGCAGUUAAAGGAUGUCCAGGUAGAUGCAAGGUUGAUGCGACUGAGGGUACUCUACAGCAGAUGGGGAAAGAAUAGGAGAGGAGAAUAACAAAGUCUCAGGAGAAAUGACAUAAGUUUUGAGCUUUUAAUACCACCUACCAUAUUAUGAGCUGUCUGUUGGCGUACCACCUAUCACAUUAUGAGCUGUCUGUCAUAUCAUAGUUGUCUGUUUCGGUGUACCAUCUAUCACAUUGCGAACUGUAUAUCUUGGAGUACCAUCUUUCACAUCUGGGACCUUGUCUUACUGAAUUGUGUUUCUUUUUUUACCUUCAGUGUCUCAAUCAUUGAUGUAUGAUCUCUGCGAUUUCUCCAUAGACAUUUGCUUGGUUUACUUGUGUCUUUUUUCCCCACGGAUCCUUGAUAAUGUUAUGACUUGUGCGUUGCCUGAGACAAAAGUUCUGUCUCUGAUAUGCAGUCACAAGGACAGAUAUUUGUCUGUUUGCUUUGCUUCUUUUUUUGUAGGUUUACCUUUUCUUUAUCAUGCCAUGAUGAAACAGUUUUGAAUAUUUCCAUCUUCACUCUCCAUCUUUCCCCAUGUGGAGAUGAUGUGUGGGGAAUCUGGGUUUGUUACACUACUUUAACAGAGCAGUUCUUGUGCCAAGAACUCCCUUAUGACCCUUCAGUAUUGAAACGGAAACAUUUUGUGAUCCCAGAUUGCCUGAGACUGACUUAUAUAGUCUUUAUUUUACUGUAAAAACACACACACAAAAAAUCUAGCUUUGUAGGUAGGCUUUUACCUCAGUUUCUGAAGUCAUGAUUGGUAGUCCCAUUUUAUCAAAGUUCCCUAGUGGUGCUCACAGGUCCUCAGAUAUACUCCAGAUUCUCAUUGUCAUGCUACGAGGUGCAGAGAUAGAAACAUUGUCACCACCAUGGUGUAACGUUAUCCUCCAUGAUUCUGCCCUUAGUCGUGACAUUUGACCUCAGUGCAUUUAUCUGACCCAAUGAGGGGACAGUGAUGUACAGGGUCCAUGUUGCAUAAAAAAUUUGUGUUAUUCCAGGGGGUUUUAUGCUCACGCUGUAGAGCAGGGUUAAAUAAAAAUGGAGUUACUCAUUUUUAUUGCAACAAUGAUGACGUGUGAGGAAAUGAGUUACAUGUGAAAUCCUUCUCAUUUUAUGUUUAUUGUACUUUUAAAAAAAAAAUAGUGCUGAAAGUUUUCUUUAAGAAGUCGGGGGGGGGGGGGGGGGGUUGUGAAGUUUUGUUUUCUCAGAAAUGUUGUGUAUAAGAAUAAAAGAUUUUUUUAAAAGGUUUAUGUUGAUGCAUUUGGGCUGAAGCGUAAAGAAUGGUUGGUCUACUGGAAUGAUUUUCUUAUCUUGGCAGUCUGUAGAAAAGGGACAAAUCUAGUGAUACACCUUUUGAACAUUUAGUACGUGUCAGCUGUGUCUGUUCUGAUUCAGAGCUGUUCCUAUUUUGUUCCCUUCUCCAGCUUUUACUGAGAGGGAUUUCGAUCUGUCAUAAUCUGACCCUGUGCCAGUAUCAAUUACUUAAUCCAGUUGUUGGAGUGCUACUACACUGUUACAUUUGAAUGGUUUUCUGUGUGAAUCCACUGUUUGUGACCCAACUUGUAUGGCUGUUUUGGAUUUCGUGUGCGAUUGUUUUGUAGGAUUUGUGAAAGGAAAUGUUUGGGACGUCAUACAGUAUUGUACAGAUCACUUUCAUAUCGCUGCACCUUCCACUUUGGUUUGUAUCAUUGUUUAAUUUAUUAUUGCAUCUGACGUUCAUUGCUUGACUGAUCACAGCCUAAGAUUUCAUAUAAUACUAAUGAUUUUUUUUUUUCCUUCAGGGUUUUAUUAGAAGUUCUGAGAACUUAGUUUUGUUUGUGUUGCAGACUAAUUGAGCCAAAAUGUGAACACUCGUAGCUAAGGUUUUCCUGUUUUAUUGGAAAAACAGAAGUAGCUUUGUUAAUGAUGAAGUUUGUACUACCUUGUUGUAAGGACAGAAGAUAUGGUUGGUGGUGUCUCAUAUGGAAGGGAGUCCUUGCGAUCACCAGGGGGUCAAGAUGAGUUGAUGGGUUGGCUUAGUCUGUGUCAGUCAGAAUGUGCAGCAUGUAUGCCGAGGGAUUUAUGUCUGGUCGCCCGUAGCAAGGGAUUUUUGUUGCUUCAUUUUUCUUUAUGCUGUAUGUUGCUUGUUUACUAGUAAUUUUCAUACCCUCUGCCAUCACAUGACGCUUACCUUGUGGUCCUCAUUUGUGGUCACAUUCCCCCCCUCACUCUCCACACUCAAGAAGUUUUGUCACAAAAUUCAAUAUGGGAUAUUUGUUUGCUAAAUAGAAAGAAUUGAAUUUGAGUAGUUUUAUUCACAUUAAGAAACUUUGUGGGAAUAUUUUUCAUCUUAGAUUAACUCCUUGCUUUCUGUGCUGUUCUCCUGGUAUUUAGACACAAUACGGGAGUGUUGCUAUUUGAAAAUGCUAUGUGGGAUGAAUUGUAGUAUUGUUAAAUGUUUUAAAAUUCAUUUUAAAAACGCCAGAAGGUAGAUGGUUCAUUCAUCCUUCAUUAAUAGUUUAAUGAAUGAGUUUGGAUAACAUUUUGUGGAAGUGUUAAAAGUUUGGGUUUUUUUGUUGAGUUUUUUAUUUUGUGGUUUCUGUAGAGCAGCACAGCAUGCUGAUGAGGUGUUUGUUUCACUGGUCGUUCUGUGAAAUGUCGAAUGUGUUUUCACACAGCUGCACCCUAAUGUCUAUUUUUGUUUUCAUUUGCCUGGUGUGGGGGGCUGACUAAUAGCUUAUAGCGUUUUAUUUCUGAUUUGAUUACUAAACUAGAUCUUUUUUUAUUUCAUUGCAGUUCUCCAUGAUUGUUUCGAUUUGUAGUUACUUAUUUUAUUUGUUUGUCAAUGGCAUUGGAGAGGCUUGUUGGGAUGGGGACAAAAGAUGAACUUAUGUUUUAGAAAGAGUUAAAUCUUAUCUCAAACUUCCAUUGUUGACAAGUACUGAAUCUAUGUAAUGGAACGUGUUUCGGUUCCUUGAACUUUCAACUGGAAGUUAUGAUUUCCGGCAAAGUAGUAUUUGUGCAAAUGUAAUUUAGAAUAGGAUUGUUCGUUAUGCCAGAGAUUGCCAAUGAUAACAGUCAUCUGGUUUUGUUAGUCAUUUCAUCGUUAGUAGAUCCGUUUCAGAAAAAAAUGCAACAGAAAGAAGUUGCUGAACUUUGUGGAUGGUUAAGCUGUGUGGCUCGGGAAGGUACUGAGUUGCAAAACAUUUUGUUUUAAUGGGAUGGCUAUAGUGAAAAUAGACUGGAGCUAAAAUCUCUGUCUUGUGAUGUCUUUUGUCCUGAAUGUAUCCUCUAGAGGGUUCUCUGGUCAGCUAAAUCAUGCACAGUUCUGUCGUGCAUAUUUAGAAAUUCAGCAUUGUUUGUAUAGAUAUGGUGGAAAUCAGAAUGAGUGCUGGUCAGCUUCGUAUUGUUGGAACCAUCAUGAUAUCCGCUUGUCAAGUAAUGAGAACAAGUUAGUGAAAGUGAAGUUGUAAUAUAGAUUGUAAAGCAAUAUAGAGCUGGCUGUUGAGAGGAUAUUUGCACUAUACAAAUACUAUUUAUUAUUAUCUUUAUUAUUAAUAUUAUAGGUUGGAGGAAGUGACAGUAUAAAAACUGAGAGGACUGGGCUUUCUGCCAUAUUUUGUAUUCAGGUUGGGAAAUAUAUGGUAAGGUGAAUCUUGUAAAUUGUUCAUUAGAUUGUUCAUCUUUGCUGUGAGAGCUGACUGCCAGCCUCGUUAAAAGCUUGUGUGUUUGUCUCCGCAAUUUUUGCUAUUUUUCGUCAAACUAGAUUUUUCCCUUGAUUUUUUUUUGGUAGUUAUAAUUAUAGAUGCUUUUGUGAUAUGUUUAUUUCAUCACUUAUUAGUCCCUCAGUGAUCAUACAGUGAACAAAGUUCACAUUAUGUGGGAAGUUUAUAUUGUACGUAAUAUAUUAUAGUGUAGUAUGGGAUUUGUUCAGUCAGCCAUUAAAACUAGGUACUCUAUGUUGUAGAUGAUGUUCAUUUGUAGUUGUUGGGUUUUUUUCAAUCUAGGUUUGUGCUUAUUCAUGUACAUGUGUCAUAAUUCAUUAUGUUUUAAUUCAUUUUGAGACAUACUUGCCACCAUUUUGAGAUAAUGAGAAACUGAAAAGUUGAGAGUGGAAUGCCUGGUAGAAUAAUGAUUGAGCAGAUGUGAUGGGAUGUAAAUUUGAGGUCUUUGUGUUCUGCUGUGCUCAGAUGUCUCUUCAGUUUACAGCCUAGUGUUGUAGUUUUCUGACAGACGACGAGGGUUAACUGAAACAAUCCUCCGAAUCUUAAUGGUGAUUGAAAGUGUAAAUUGGGGAUGGGUUUCAGUGUUGAAUAGCCACCUUAUCAGACACAGAAUGGCCCAGACAGCGGUGAAUGUCACAAGCAUACUGCCAAUUGGAGGGUAAAUUUGUGGGAGAUAAAUUUUGCAGUUUGUAUUUGGUUGUUUAUUAUCCACAGAAAAUGCUCGCUGAAAGUUUGUUUGCUUAAAAGCUUUGAAUAUUCAAAAGUUGGAGGAAUCUUGUGUUGUCAUUUGUUUUUGCUUUGCAUAAAUGCUGGAUGAUAAUUAACCAUUUAUGUUGUGAGCUGGUUGAUAUUUUUACUUGAGAACAAAGUUCUUAGAGUGUAAAUGAAGUACUUCUUUCAUUCCCACUUGCUUAUAUUUUGUUAGAUGUCGUGUACACAUCUUGUUUGAUGUAGGGCACACUAAGUUGAUUGAAUGUACCCGUCAACACUAAACAUAACAAUUUUACUUGUAUAAUUCUUUUUCUAACAAUGGUAACUUCAAUAUCAAUGUAAAUGUGGUGAUACACAAUUUGACAGUAAGUUAUAAAGCAAUAUCAUAUUUAACUGUGAUGAGUUUCUAUGACUUUGUGUCGUGGGUUUGGAACUUCUUUCCUCUUGGCCUGUCUACACAACCCUUGGUCCUGUUGACCUUCACCCCUGGUGACUUGAGUGGACAAAGGAUCCUCAGAAGGGCACUUGAUGCAUAGCAGCCAUCAUGCCUCAUAGAUUGGACAUGGUUUAUCCCUUGAAUAAAUUUUUUUAAAGCGUUGCCAAGUUUUCAGAUUUUUCGUUUUGUCUGAAAAAGCUCAGUUUCUUAUCUAACUAUCCAGAUAUUUGAAGAGAAACAGUAGAGUUUUAUUUUGGCCAAGAUAGGUUGACCCUCAAUAAUGGACAAGCUUUUGUCUCUCUAAUUCUGCAACAGUUCACAGGGAUACUGUGUUUGUACCCAGGCCUCUGGUUUUAAGAAAAUUUAAGAUUUCUAUCUAAAAAAUCUAUUUUGUGCUCAACAUAUUGAGUGUAAUGACACGCUCAGUCAGGUGCUGCUUUAUUAUAUGCCUGUGUAGAAGUCUCCCAUGUCCCUCUGCCUGUUUCUUAUUUUGCUGAGAAUAGAGUCAAUUGUUUGAGACAUUUUGUGCCUCUUUGUUUCUUGAGGAAGCUCCAUAAAAAAUUGAAUGAUUCUGAUUUUUUGUUCUUUGAUUUGAAGACCUUUCUUUUUUUCUAGUGUUGUGGACGUGAUUUUCGACUUGUUCUUUUGAAUGCAUUUAUAUAAGCUCUGGAAAUGUCAAUUGAUUCACUGGCAUCUAUGGUGUAAUGCCAUUACAGGCAGAAGUUAAGAAUUCCUUUCCCUUUUGGGAAGGUAUUUUUAUUAAGUGUCUCUGUCAACUGGGACAUUGUAUCCCACUCAAGAUAGGUUGACCCCUACAGGCAAGGUGGGAGCAGCCUUCCUCCUAAAGGGUUUUGUCCGUGGGGAACAUAGAACAUUUACAGUCGAUCAGUUGGUUCUGGUGGUACCCGUAAGUCGUUACCAUGUCUGUUGGAAGCCGUGUGAGUACAUCGCAAAGUCACGUGAGAUAUCUCGUCUUUUUUAGUUUUCUGUUUUGUGUGGUCGUCUCCCCUCCCCCCAAUCCCCCCUACCUCGUGGAGGUAAAUGUUGGAGUCCCAAUGUCCUUUACCUUCUACAUGUGUGUACUGAGGAUUUGGUUUCUCUCAUUGUGAGUGUUCUGUGUUGUGAAAAACUUUCUCUCUCUCUGUUUGUUUCACUCCUCCCACCCCCAGCCCCAUGCUACUGCAAUAGAAUCUGGCUCCAUGUUCUUCUGGCGCAACCAAAAUCUUCGUACAUUGUGAUCUUUUAUUGUGUUCUCACACCUGUCUGUAAAAAGUAAAAAAUAUUAUUUUAAAAAAUGAAGGGAAAAAAAAUUCUACACAAAUUAAACUAUUACUACUAUGAUGAAA